UUUUUUAUAACCUAUUCUUUGGAAUUUGAAAACAAAUGUCAUUAUUAUUUAGAUGAGCUAACAUUUGUUGCUUUAAAUUCACCUAACCAGAAUGCUUCUUCUGAUUCUAUCUACAUUACUGAGUUUUCUUAGUGUUCAUACUAAAUUCAUUACUAAUCCACUAAUGAAAUGGAUGCAGAGUUCAUCUAAAGAGGAAAUAUCCAAGAGGAAUGAAAUUAAAUCACUCCAGUCCGCUCAACAGAAAUUGAGCAUGGUCGAUAAUUUUGUAGAAUAUUCGAAAAUACAAAGAAAAAUCAAUAGGAUAACUGAAAGCUUGAAAGAAAAAGAAUUAGAGAACUCGAAUAGUUUUUAUAUGAAAAUUGGUAUUCCUUAUGGACUUAAAAUGAUAAUUAUCACCCUACUCGUCAUAUUAUGUUUUUACUAUCGAAGUAGUCCAUUAUUCUACUUGGAAAGUUCCAUAAAUUUAUUUCCAUUUCAGUAUUUUAUAUCAUUCGCAAAUGGAAAAAAUAGUGUUUCAUUUCAUUUUUGGGUAAUGUGUUGUACAGCUUUUGCCAGGUCAAUAAAAUUAUAAUAUUUUCCAAUUUUAUUUUCAAUCAAUGAAAGGCUAGUGCUCUUACAACCUGAUUUUGGGAUACUUAACAAUUGUAAUAUUUUUAUUGAAAAUAAUCAAAAUCAAAUAAAAACGAUAUGUCUGACUUUUA